AUGGCUGAGCUUAAGACAAGAGUAGACGAACUCAAGAUGGAGAACGAGUAUCAGCUUCGUCUGAAAGAUAUGAACUAUAACGAGCGCAUCAAAGAGUUGACAGAAAAGUUCAUUCAAGAAAUGGAAACCCUAAAAACGAAAAACCAACUGCUUAAGACAGAAAAAGAACGCGAAGAAGCACAUCACGAGGUGCAACUGCAAGAGGUCAUGGAGAAGCAUAGCCGUGAGUUACAAGAGCUCGAAUCCGCAUCCAAUCAGAAGUUAAUGAUUGAAUAUGAGAAGUAUCAGGAACUUCAGGCCACUUCACAAAAGAAAGAAGAGGAAUACGACAAACAAUUGAAAACCAUGGAAGAGUCCCGUGAACGUAUGCUGGAAGAAUUAACCGAGUUCUACGACUCCAAACUGGCGGAGAAAAACAUCGCAAUGGACAAUCUGAAUCGGGAAAUUAGGGAACAAACAAUGGAAUACGAUGUUACCAAACGCCUCAUUGAAGAGGAUGCUGACCGUGAGAUACUGGAGACGAAGAUUCGAUACGAACGUCGUCUGCGCGAAGAACGGGAAGCUAACGCGCGUCUGAAAGGUGAAUCCGGAAUCAUGAAGAAGAAAUUCACAAGUCUUCAAAAAGAAAUUGAUGAUCACAAAGAGGAACUGAAAAAGUUUCAUGCGGAAACUCAAAAACUAAAUAAUGUAAUACGAAAUCUUGAAAAAGACAUUCAAGGCUUACGUAAGGAAAUACAAGAACGAGAUGAAACAAUCCAGGAUAAAGUGAGUCAACCUAGAGUAAAAUUUGAUUACUUGAGUUUGUUGAAGACGAAUAAUGUAUUGAGAAAAUGA